AUGAAGCAUACCAAGAAAAAACAUUCCAAUAAUUUAUGGCAUCGUUUAUUGGAACAUUAUCAUCAUGACCAUGUUACUGAACAACGUACAACUCCUCCACCAUUGACACCGAAACAAGAAAAGAUCUUGCAAAGUUUUACAAAUACUAUUUCUUCUAGUUUCGAUAAAGGUUGGAAACGUCGACAUUUAGUUUCUUUUCUUCAAGAUGCCAACUGGGACAUGAAUCAAGCUUUGAAGGACAUUGAAGAUAUUCAAGAGGCAAGUUAUGGUCUUCUUACCUCACCACCGACAACAACAUCUCUUCCACUUUUGGGUAGUGAAAACGAACAAGGCACUAGUUGUUAUUUGGAUGCUCUCUUAUUUGCAAUGUAUAUUGGUCUUACUUCUUUUGAUCCUAUGCUUCUUGACCAAGAAGAACAAUUAAUUCACAAAAAACAUCAUCUUCAACGAACUUUACGUCUCUUUGUCAACAAAUUACGAAGUGGACAAUUGGUCAAGAAAAGUACUGUAGCUCAAGUUCGACGUGGUUUGGAACAAACUGGUUGGUAUGGUCAAGAUCCUGAAACUCAUCAUUGGCAACAAGAAGAUGCAAGUGAACUCUUUUUAUUUUUAACUUCUAUCUUUGAACUACCUUAUUUACCUUUUCAAUUACGUUUAUUCCAUGGAGCUAACAAGGAUAUGGAUGAUGAUCGUAUCAUGACAGAUCGACUUUUACCUUUAUCUUUACCAACUAUGGAGAAGGAUGAUGAUAUUAUUGAACCUCUUCGAUUGGAAACUAUCUUACUCGAUCAUUUUUAUAACAGCGUGGUCACAGGUGUCAAACGCAAUGUCAACAUGGAAAAUGAACGAAGACAAUGCUUGGAUACGCAAGAAUAUCUUAGUACUUCAUGGGGAAGUAGUAGCACUAAUGGUACAUCGGAUUCUACUGACAAAUGCUUGACUAUUGUCACUACCAAUACUACAACACCAACACUUAUGGAUGACAAAGGAAAAGAUAAAAAGAAUAUGGAUACCUUUGGAAAUGAUCCCAAAACUCCCAUUCAACAACAACAACAACAACAACAAAGAGAAGUGGAUGCAUGGCAAGCAAUGGAAUUAUUACCCUUUUAUAGCAGUAGUAAUGAACUAGGUGAUAUGAUUGAUGAUGGACAACAACAUUAUUUCUCCCCUGAUACCCAUUUGGUACUCCCUAUUGUAUUAAAGCGGUACAAACUCAAUCAUCAUCAACAAAAUGGCAACUAUUAUGUCAAGGAUGAACGACCUGUACAAGUCCCUGAUACUAUUCCAUUCCUUCAAUUUGUCAAUCGCAAUACUGAUAAUGCUGUGUGUUCCCAAUGUAAUGCUGAAAUGGAUUAUCUCAUGGUAUUGAAAAGUGUGGUAUGUCAUCAAGGUUCUUCUCCUUAUUCUGGACAUUAUGUUGCCUAUGCUAAAAUGUACAAAACUUCUGCAACUAGUCCCAAUAUAUGGAUGAAAUUAGAUGACCUUGAUCUAGAUCAUAGAGUCCAAACUGAUAUCAAGGAAGAAACAGUAUUAGAUCAAGUAUCGAAAAAUGGAUAUCUCUUUUUUUAUGAACUGAAUCGAUUAUGUGAUGCAUGUUUUCAACAACAACAGGAAAAACAACAACAGGAGAAAAUCAAUCAAAAUCUUCUUGAUCAUACAGAAUCUGAUAUGGACCAAGAUGAUGACGAUGAUGAUGAUGAUAACGAUGUUGAUGAUACUAAACAACAACAAUCGAAAACACAACCAAUCUCUGUAGAAAAAGCACAGCUGUUGGCACAAGAACAACAAAAAAUCGACGGAUGGUAUCCUGAUGAAGUCAUCCCUCCUGUAGUUACAUCAACCACAGGCUCUCAUUCUACUGCCACUAUCUCCUCCACAACAACAACUAGCAAUACCAAACAGACCAAAUCUUCCAAAACUGACAAAUGUCUCAUCAUGUAAAUAGAAUCAUUGAUUGAACAUCCCACCAAUUGUAGCUAGUCUUAUUCUUGUUUUAUAUUACCCC